GUCACAACCUCCCUCCCUUCUUCUGGGCGCACUAGCGGAAGCAGCGCCUUCGUAACAGACUCAUCGACCCCUCAGCCGGUUCUGAAACGGGCGGACUGCCGAUCGUAUCAAACUUCGCCCCUUCAUUCCUUCAAGACCUCGGCUCUUGCUCAAAAAUACCCCUCUUGCUUCUUCCUUCCCCCGUCUAUGACCCACCACCGCACCCCAGAUCACUUCGACAAAAUGGCAGUCACAGAUACUUAUAGGACCUCUCUUAAAGACGUCAAACGCGAAGAUCACCACUCACCGACCGAUUCGGAGGAGGAUGCGAGCUAUUUGGCUGGCCCGGAUGGUACGAAGCUAGAGCCCGACAUGGAUGACGACUCCAAUGCAGCUCUCAUCUCGCAGACUCUGAAUGCCGACGGCACUCCAAAGCGUCCCAUGAACGCGUUCAUGAUUUUCGCGCGCCGACGCCGUCCCCAGGUCGCAGCCGAGAAUCAAUCGUUGCGCACGGGAGAAGUCAGUAAAAUUUUGAGCAAGGAGUGGACCCAGAUGGCAAUAUCCGAAAAGCAAUUCUAUCUAGACCAAGCUAAGCAGCUCAAGGACAACUUCAACCUCAAGUACCCCGACUAUGUAUACCGCCGCCGCCCGAACAAUAGCCGUAGGAAGCGCCGUUCGGAUUCUGGGACAGACCACGCCUCCCACGAUGACGGGCAUACCCCCGAGUAUAGUGACGUCUCUCCUGUCGUAGACCCGUCCGAGCUUGAGGAGACCCGGAUGCUCGGAAGCCGGCAGGAGCAUCGUUACUCGAGCGUCUCCACAGGCAUCACUCCUGACGCGGACGUUCGACAGUCGCACUCCAACGUGCCCCCAACGCAUCAUUCGCCUUCUUUCCCCAACUCUGCCAUCGGAGACCAGCGGAUGCCUUAUAUGGCCUCGCCCUACGACAGACCCGCCCACAGCAUGUCCUCGGCGCGCACGCCAGAUACGGAACCCUCGAACUCUACCUUUGGCUAUCCCUCAUCCUCUCAAUCCGCGUUCUACCCAGAGUCUGGAGGCAUGUGGCCCCCAGGAAGUGACUCAAGGCGCGCUUCUCAUCAGUCCUGGUCUCCAGGUGCCGAUCGCGGCUCUGGCAAUAACGGGCAGUACUUGCCCACCCGGGGCUGGCCCAGUAACCAUCCGUCGCCAGAUGCAGGUGCACCGGGCCUCCCCCAGCAAAGCACUGGCCCACCGCCGUUCCCCAGUCUCAGUCCCCCCUUCCCGCCGCGGCACUCUGGCCACCCUCAGGCCGCCUUCCCUGCAGACAACGGCGGCGGCUAUGCUCCCCAUUCGCCGCUGUCAACGACAGGUGGGUACGGCGGACCCCUCAGCUUACCUCCUCCGACCGGCGGAGGGUUCGCGAGGGACCCGGGGGGCGGAUAUGCCUCCUCAGAAUAUGGCGUGCAUGGCAGUUAUGCUGGUGUGCCUGACGACCCGCACGCACGCGGGCACCACGGCUUCCAUAACCCCGGCCAGACCCUCCCAUCGCUUCCUCCCAUACGUCCCUCCAAUUACAGCCCCAGUAUGUCAAGCCCGGUGUCCGCUGGUGGUGACGGAUCGCAAUCGAUGCCGUACUGGCGCGGGGACCUUCCUGGUCGCUCAUGAUCUUAGAUAAACUCGCGGACGAGCCUUAGACUCAUCUAGUUAACCCAUACGCCUUAGACUGUCUGCUUCUUCAACGGGACUCUAUUUCUUUUUCAUCUUUCUUCUCUAUCUUUUCGUUCGCUCGUGCUGAUAACAUAGCUCUCGAACUGCUCUCAUGCUUUCUCUGCACUCUACC